CAUGAAAGGUCCCAGAAGGCGUCGGGCCAUUCACAAAGCGCAGCGCUUCUCGCACAUGCGCAGUCAGCAGUCUCUGGUCAUUCCCUGCACUGUGUGCAGUCUCUGGUCAUUCCCUGCACUGUGUGCAGUCUCUGGUCAUUCCCUGCACUGUCUGCAGUCUCUAGUCAUCCCCUGUACUGUGUCCGCAGUCUCUGGUCAUCUCCUGUAGUAUGUCCGCAGUCUCUGGUCAUCUCCUGCACUGUGUCCGCAGUCUCUGGUCAUCUCCUGUACUGUGCCUGCAGUCUCUGGUCAUCUCCUGUA